AUGUCUUCAUAUAAAUUCUAUAUGGGAAAAAGAAGUGAGACGCGAGUUCUUUAUAAGGCAAAAAAGCUUGAAAAUAGAUAUCGGGACUUGGAGUGCAAAAUAAAAAAAGCGAUAAAAGAUCUUGAUACUUGUUUCGAACCUAAGACUGAUCCAGAGAU